CAAGUGAAUCAAUUGCCUCAUCAGUAGCGCGUAGAUUCCAGACAACGACGGUCGUCAGCCAAACGAUGAAGGCAUCACCACUGAUUAAGCUUAUUUGCGCUGUUUGUCCUCUGCUGUUCAUUGGCACUGCCGAAUCAAGUCGAAUACUUUGCAUCGAUCCAAGUCCCGGCAAAUCUCAUGUACUGGUUGCCCAAGCCCUACUGAAAGGGUUAGCCGAGCGUGGUCAUGAGAUUACAAUGGUUAGCCCGUUCAAGCUGUCGAAACCGGUGAAAAACUUCCGAGAGAUUGUUGUUCCGGUGGAUGACUUUGUCAGCAAGCAAAUGAAAACGUAUCUCGAGAAGCCGCCCAACAUGUUAACCCACUUUCCGGAAAUGAUUAGAAAAAUGAUGAUGAUAGCCAAUGAUACGGUCAAUUAUCCCAAAUUUUUGGAACUGAAAAAAGAGAAAUUUGAUCUCGUGAUAGUAGGACUGUUUAUAGCGGACUUCGUUCUGGGUUACGGUCCACACUUCGGGGCUCCAACGGUGGUGCUUUGGACUGGUGGUAUUUCGAAAUUCACUGCGGACUUAGUGGGAAACCCUAGAGAGAUAGCGGCUAGUCCAAAUAUGAUUCUUGGUAAACAAGAUUUCACGAAAUUUUCGUCAAGAUUGAAAAACUUUCUGAUUGCCAGUGCGGAAAAUAUAAUGGGAGCAUAUGCUUUCUACCAGCAAAAACCAUAUUACGAUUGGAACUUCCCCUCGGAUCGCUAUCCAAGCUACGAAGAUGUGCGGACAAAUGUUUCUCUGCUUUUGCUGAACUCCCAUUUUUCGCAUGGUGGCGCGAGGCCGUAUCUCCAGAACGCAGUUGAAGUGGGAGGACUACAGAUUAAAACUAAACCGGAUCCGCUACCGAAGGACAUCCAGGAAUGGUUGGACGGAGCCGGUAAGCAUGGGGCUAUCUAUUUCUGCUUGGGAUCCAAUCUCAAAUCGGCUGAUCUACCAGCUCAUAAAAUGGAGAUUUUCGUUAAAAGCUUAGGCAAAUUGAAACAACGCAUCCUUUGGAAGUGGGAGGCGGAUAGCUUUCCGAAUCAGCCGGCUAAUGUUAUGGCCAAGAAGUGGCUCCCGCAGGACGACGUUCUGGCACAUAAAAAUGUAUUUUUGUUCGUUGCCCACGGAGGCUUGGGAGGAAUAGCUGAAGCCCGGUAUCAUGGAGUUCCGGUACUGGGUAUUCCAAUUUUUGCAGAGCAAUCUGGAAAUGUUGCAAAUGUGGUACAGGAAGGUUGGGGUUUGGAGGUGAACUAUGAAACUAUCAAUGAGACUACGUUCAGUGAACUUUUGAACGACAUGCUGACGAAUCCGGUCUACCGCCAGAAAGCUAAGGAAAUAUCGACUGUUUAUCGGGAUCGACCUCAAACUGCAAUGGAGACGGCGUGCUACUGGGUCGAGUACGUGAUACGUCACAAAGGGGCUGUCCAUAUGCACUAUCAAGGAGCAGAUCUGAAUUUCUUCCAGUCGUACAUGUUGGACGUGCUAGCAGUGAUAUUACUCGCUGUCUAUUUAGUGAUUAAGAUACUUAAAGUUGCUUGUAAAGCAAUUGCUAAAUUUUUCGGUGGAAAGCCAAAGAAACAAAAGCUUUACUAGCCUGAUUGUAAUAGAAUUAAGCAAAACUUUCCAUUUUAUUUCAUCAUCUGGUAAUUUGACCAUUGGCAGCAUAUGCAACGAGAAAUCGUAUUGCACUCAAACAAGUGAUAAGAUAACCCUGCAACCAUCAUAACAGUAUUUACGAAAAUGUUCCACCCCAGACGGGAGAUAAAAAUAAAAUUGAAAACAACUCCACUCA